GAAAAACGUUGUCAAAAUGACACUGUUGUGUUAGCAAUUUUUGGACCUCGAUGAUCGUUGUAGAAAUUUCCUUCUUUUAGAUUUCUUAUUAUGUAUGGUGUAUUGCUGUGAAAUUAUGUCACAAUAAACCCUUCUUUGCUCAUACAUUCUGAUAAAAUGGCACUGGACACAUCCGUUCAAAUAAGAAAAUUACCUCCUAGGCACAUAUCCCAGUUGUCAACUAUUUUGGACUUUUCUGAACAAUGGAAGAAAUUAAUGGCAGUUAUUCCAAAUACAUUGAAGAAGAAUAUCUUUGAAUGUUGCAUAAAUGGUGAAAAUCCAGCCAAAUACAAUACGGACCACAUGAGAUUGAUUGAAGCUGCUACCCAGAAAUUCAAGAGAUCCGGUACAGAAAUACUUCUAGACGAAUGGGGAUGUUCAGGAAAGGUACGGCCUUCAGUGGGUCAUUUACUGCAUCUAUUGUUGGAAGCAGAAUUAUAUAGAGCUGCUGAUUAUGUUUCGGAAAAGAUUUUGUGUAAAACAUCCACCAAGAGACCAUCUUUAGGCCCAGCUGCUAAGGUUCCUGUGAGUAUUGAUGAGAACAUAGAAGAAAACCUUAACGAUAUGAAGUAUUCAAGCUCUUUAAUAGCAAAGUUGAAUUUCAGUUCUUUCAAUAAUAAUUUAAAUCAUGAUGGUGAAACAUCUUCAAUUCCACAUAUUGUUGUUACUCCAGAUGCUGAUGAAUUAGCACAAAAUCCACAUUUUUCAAAUGAUAUUACUGGUACUAAUAAUGUAGCAGUAAGCUUGUCAAAUAUGAUUGUUUUUUCUGAAGAGUUGAUGCCUGAUCCGACUAAAAGUGGAAUGAAUGCUUGUAGACCUGCAGAACCCUGCAUUCCUAUUAUUAGCGCUCUAUUGGAAGAAAACUCAGGAGUUCAAAAAUCUACAAUUGAUGUUUCAACAUCUCAAGAAUUGAACAGUAGUGCAUCAAAUACAGUACCAGAUCUAACAGAAUUAAAUCAGACUACUGGAAUUAUACCAAACCUAAGUGGAUUGAUCCGAUCAUCAACGGCUGGUAGCCUGAAUGAAAAUCAAGAUUGUUCAAUGCCGGAUUUGAGUGAAUUGAAUGAAUCAGUGUGUGUGAAAAGUAUUGGAGAAAAUGAUGGACUAUUACCAAAUUUAAGUGAACUUAAUCAAUCAGAAUUGAGUAUAAAGAAAUUUGAUUCUAGUGCAGUUAUUUCUUCCGAUAUAUUGAAUAUGAACGCAAAAGCUGAAACAAAACAGUCAGUUCAAAGUGAGAAAAAUAAUAUAUCAUAUAAUAUUCCAGAUCUAAGUGGAUUGAUUUGGUCAUCUUCUCAACAAUCUUAUAACAGUACAUUAGCAGAUUCAGAUUCUGUAGAAAUAGCACAUAUUAAUUCAACAUAUCAGUCAAAAAGUGAAAGUUCUGUUUCUACAGAGGGGUAUGAAAAUGAUAAUUCAUUACCUAAUUUGAAUGUUCUGAUUUCGGAUUCAAGUAGAUUGACUGUCAGUACAUUUGAUUCUUCUAAAUCUCGUAAGUGCAACUCUCCACUACCCAAUUUGACGUUGACAACACACCUACCACAUUAUACUUAUGAAAAAUUGAAAGCUUCAACUAAUAAUUUCAAUGAGGGUAUUUUUGAUGGUUUGAAUAAAGAAGGCAGACUUUUAGGAGUUGGAGCAUUUGGAAAAGUUUUCUUAGCCACUGAAAUAUUACAAGAACCUGUUGCUGUCAAGAAAAUCAUUCUGGGUAAUGUAGAAGUAGUUGAUGUUGAUGAUAGGAUCACUAAACAGUUUAUAAAUGAAGUGGAGGUAUUGAGCAAGUUCAAACACAAAAAUCUUGUAUCACUACUUGGAUUUUCUUGCGAUGGUUGUACAUAUUGCUUAUUGUAUGACUAUAUACCUGGAGGAACCUUAAAAGAUAGACUACAGAGCAAAGAUUCAAAGCUGCUAUGGCAAGAAAGAUUGAUUAUAGCAUUAGGGACAGCGAAUGCGAUUACUUACCUACACACUGCAAAUUCUUCUCCAUUAAUCCAUCGUGAUGUGAAAACGGCCAAUAUUUUAUUGGAUCAUACAAACACUCCAAAGCUUGGUGAUUUUGGGGUAACUACAUUAUUAGAUAAACAAAAUAUGAACACAUGCACAGUCAUUGGUACAACGGCAUACAUGGCACCAGAGGCAAUGAGGGGGGAAAUAUCUGAGAAGUGCGAUACUUUUAGUUUUGGUAUCGUAUUAUUGGAAUUACUUACAUCUUUGCCACCUUUCGAUGAAAAUAGAGAAAAUCAUUAUUUGAUAACCCAUGUCGAAGAAUUAUGUGAAGAUUCCAUUUCGCCACUUCUAGAUAAAAGUGUAGGAUCAUGGUCGAUAAACAACAUUGAUUUUGGUGAACAAAUUUUUGCUAUAGCCAAUCAAUGCCUGGAAGAGAAAAAGAAAAGACCUCUCAUGGUUGAAGUGAAUGCAAAGUUGACUGAAAUCACAUAUUUAAUCGCUAAUACACACACAUGAAUUAAAGUCUGGAAUUUGUCCUCAUUAGAAAAAGGAAGAUUCUAUAAUAACUUACAGAAAUAGGUACUGGAUUUUAGACACAGCCUUGUUCUUAUUGUUAUAGAAAUAAUGUUAGUAAAAUUCAUAACUAACUAGAAAAUAAUUGCUAAAACUUUUCACAGAACUGCAAUAUUUCGAAAUUGAGUUAUACAGACAAAAUAGAAAAAAACAACGAACGGAAACAAUUUUGACUUAUCAUAAUAAAGACUGUUAUUAUUGAAGACGGUUGUUAUAUAAAUAGGAGAUUUUUUAUCUAUCUAUCUAUCUUAUAUUGAAGAGAUUUUUAUUCAUCAUAAAAUCCUAAUGACAAACCUAAUAAGGUAAACUUUGAAUAUUUUAUGUAUGCAUAUUUUCUAACCCAGCUUCUGAAAAUAGAAUAAAAAGGCUAGAAAAACUGAAUGCUCCAAUUUUUCUUACAUUCACUCCUAUGUUAUAUUUUUGUAGGAAAGAGAAAUUUGUUUUGUUACAGCCUAAAAAUGUUAUAUUUGAUAGAUUGCUCCUAAGGUGCAUAGAAAAUCUGGUGUGUCUACUUACACCUGUAAAACUUU